GAAGACCACACUGCCAGGUCAUUAGCCGCAUGCCCUCAAUAAAAUCUAUUCAUCUUCCCUAUUUUCUCUCUCUAUGACUUUAUCUCUCACCCUUUCUCUCUCUCACACACUCACAGGCAUCUACUUGACUUCUUUAUUAAUACAGCAAAAGAGGAUUUAUUGUGGAAGGAAAGGAAAAGAUAAAAAAAGGCCAAAACUUUAGCACUGUGUAUAAGCUCCGAGUAAUGGUCGUAUAUUUUCUUUCUUGGUCUUGAACCAUUAGAAAAUCUAAAUCCCACCAUCUUAUCCUCCCUAUAAGAUCUGUCUUUUUUAUUCUUUGUUGGUCUUUUCCAUAUUUUUAGGGAAAAUUAUGGGUGCAGCUACAGUUGAUGAACACAUUUACAGAUGUGCGUUUGUAUAGAGCCGUAAAGAAUCAAUUUUUCAGCUGCCCUUUCAUUUUCUUGAUGAGCAUGUAAAUGGGUUCGCUUGAAAGCGUGCCGUCGCUGAAAAGGGACCACCAUUUGCUGCGUUCUUCUUCGUCCUUUAGGAACAGCAACAGUAGUUUCAACAGCAGCAGGAGCAGAUCAAGAUUUGCCAGAUUUGUGCUUUGCAAGAAGAUUGACUACCUGCAGUUGAUUUGUGGAGUGGCCGUGUUUUUCUUCUUUGUUUUCCUCUUCCAGAUUUUGCACCUGCCUGGCUCCGUGACGGAGGAUGGAGAUAACUCUGGCAAAUUCAAAGGAACCCAUGACUUCAUAUCGGGGGAUGAUGAGGAGAAUCUUGCGAACUUGACAUUCUUAAAAAUGUUGGACUUUGGUGAGGAUUUGAAGUUUGAGCCUUUGAAAACCAUGGAGAAGUUUCAGAAGGGUGUUCAUGCAGUGAGAGAAAGUGUCGGUUCAGAGAAGGCUGUGAGAUUUGGGUAUAGGAAACCAAAGCUUGCCUUGGUAUUCUCAGAUCUGUGGAUCGAUCAACAUCAGAUACUUAUGGUGACAGUUGCUAGAGCAUUGCUGGAAAUCGGUUAUGAAAUUGAGGUUAUUUCACGUGAAAAGAGUCCAGCAUACUCUAUAUGGAGAGAGAUGGGAGUUCCACUGAUUGUCAACAUGGGUUAUGAGAACUCUAAGUGCAGUGUGGAUUGGCUAAACUAUGAUGGUGUCCUCGUGAAUUCUCUUAAUGCUGCUGGAUUCUUGUCUUGUCUCAUGCAGGAACCUUUUAAGAAUGUCCCUCUUUUGUGGACCAUCCAUGAAGAGACACUUGCUACUCGAUUGAGACAUUACGUUUCGAGUGGUCAAAGUGAGCUGGUCAAUACCUGGAGCAAGGUCUUCUCGAGGGCCACUGUCAUUGUCUUCCCAAACUAUGUUCUGCCGAUAGCUUAUUCGACUUGCGACCCUGGGAACUACUUUGUCAUCCAGGGCUCCCCCGAAGAAGCUUGGAGAGCUGAUAAGCAAAUUGUUUCAAUGAAAGAUAAUUCGGGUCUGGAAAAAAUGCAGUACGGAGCCAAUGAUAUAGUUAUUGCAAUUGUGGGUAGCCGUCUAUCAUAUAAAGGCAUGUGGCUCGAGCAUGCCUUUGUCUUACAGGCUUUGCAUCCGCUUUUUAAGGACUUAGGGGACUCGAGUUCCCGUCUUAAAAUCAUUAUCUUGACUGGAGAUUCGACUGGUAACUACAGCAAAAUCGUGGAGACUAUAUCUCUGAAAUUGGGAUAUCCAAACGAGACAGUGAUGCAUGUUCCUGUUAAUGAAAACACUGAUACUAUUAUACGAACUGCACAUCUUGUGAUAUACGGAUCGUUUCUUGAUGAGCACUCUUUUCCCAACAUUUUGCUGAAAGCCAUGUGCCUAGGGAAACCUAUAAUAGCACCAGAUCUACCAACAAUAACAAAAUAUGUCAGUGAUAAGGUAAAUGGCUAUAUUUUCCCAAAGGACGACACGAGUUAUCUCACUCAGAUUGCAUUUCAAGCCGUCUCAAACGGAAAGCUCUCUCUCUUAUCCACCAAUAUAGCUUCAAUGGGGAAAAGUACAGCUAAGAACAUGAUGGCCUCCGAAAGUGUUGUAGGAUACGCGUCCCUACUCGGAAAAAUUCUCUCUCUACCCUCUGAGGUUGCUGUCCCCAAAUCUCCCGACAAUAUUCCUAAAAAGCUGAAAGGUGAAUGGCAGUGGCAUCUUUUUGAUGCAAUCGGAGGUAAUGAUUCUCUUAAUCGAGACAUGACCGAAUUUUUGGAUAGAAUCGAGAAGCAAUUCAACAGUAGUGGUAGAGAGAAUGUGGCGGCUUCUGGUGAGGCGUUUUCGUACGCGAUUUGGGAAGAGCAAAAGUAUAUAGAUACAAUCACUAUGCGAAAGAGGAGAGAGGAUGAAGAGUUGAAGGAUAGGACAGAUCAACCACGGGGAAUGUGGGAUGAUGUAUAUAGAAAUGCUAGGAGGGCAGAUCGGUCAUUGCACGAAAGAGAUGAGGGAGAACUUGAAAGAACUGGUCAACCACUGUGUAUCUAUGAACCUUACUUUGGAGUUGGGACAUGGCCCUUUUUGCACCAUACUUCACUAUAUAGAGGGCUUGGGCUGGAAAAGUGCAAUAUUUCUUGCCUGUUAAUUUUAUGCAAAUGUAAUAAAUUUGGAGGGGGUUUUGUACAGUCUACAAAAGGGCGAAGGCAAGGGGCUGAUGAUAUUGAUGCUCCUUCACGUCUCCCUCUAUUGAACAAUGCUUACUAUCGAGAGGUCUUGGGAGAAUAUGGUGCAUUUUUCGCAAUCGCUAACCGUGUCGACCGCAUUCACAAGAAUGCUUGGAUAGGAUUUCAAUCUUGGAGAGCUACUGCAAGAAUGGAAUCUUUGUCCAAAACUGCUGAAAGGUCACUGUUGGAUGCUAUCGAAGCACGAAGGCAUGGGGACACAUUGUACUUCUGGGCUCGUUUGGACAUGGAUCACAGAAACCCUUUAAAACAGGAUUUCUGGUCAUUUUGCGAUGCAAUUAAUGCUGGGAAUUGUCGGUUUGUGUUUGCUGAGACUCUAAAGCAGAUGUACGGCAUAAAGCAUAACUUGACUUCUCUUCCAUCAAUGCCUUCUGAAGGAGGCACUUGGUCUGUCAUGCACUCCUGGGUUUUACCGACUAAGUCCUUCAUGGAGUUUGUUAUGUUUUCAAGAAUGUUUGUAGAUGCACUCGAUGCAAAAUUCUAUGACGAUCACCAGAAAAACGGGCGAUGUUCUCUCAAUUUAUCCAAGGACAAGCAUUGCUACUCUCGUUUGCUGGAGCUUCUCGUGAAUGUCUGGGCAUAUCAUAGCGCAAGACGGAUGGUUUAUGUAGACCCAGAGACAGGUGUCAUGCAAGAACAGCACAACCUUAAAGGGCGAAAAGGUCAAUUGUGGGUCAAAUGGUUCCAAUUCUCCACCCUCAAGACCAUGGAUGAGGAUUUAGCCGAGGAGUUCGACUCUGACCGCCCGAAAAGGCAUUGGCUCUGGCCUUCGACUGGUGAGAUAUUCUGGCAAGGGAUUUACGAAAAGGAGAGGAAUAUGAGGAAUAAAGAGAAGGAAAAGAAAAGACAACGCAGCAAAGAUAAAAUCCAACGGAUUAGGAAACGAACUCAUCAAAGGGUGCUCGGGAAGUACGUGAAGCCUCUCGAGGAGUCAAAUUCUACGAGUCUUGAGUCCAAGAUUUUGAGGUAGUAAUAAAUCUCUUGCCAUUUUCUGUCAAUACCAAUCAGCUAAUUCUUUUGUAUCAAUUUUUUUUCUUCUUCUUUUGGGGUUUUAGUUGAAAACGGGUGCCUAGGAUUGUAAGAAAUUGUUAUGAGUUUGUAUUUAGUUUUUGCACCCUUUUUCGGGUCUUCAUGAGGCUUCUUUGAAGUGUAUACCAGUUUGUUCUUUCUAUUUUUUUUUUCUUCAUUCUUUUGAUUUGUAUAAAAUUGUAGCAAGUGUAUGUUGAACAUUCUAACCUUAUGGAUUAAGGCACAUGUAUAAACUUUCUAGAAUGGUCCUGGAAUUUUUGUUGUUUUAGAGCAUCUCCAAAUGUAUGUAUGUGAGUGAAGUCCAUGCAUUAUCCACCCUAAAAG